AUGCGCCGCCUGCUCCUGCUGCUGGCCGGGCUGCUGGCGCCGCUGCGCGCCUACGAGCCGGACUGGGGGAAGCUGCAGGGGCUGGCCCGGGGCAAGGUGGAGACCUGCGGAGGAUGAUGGCUGAGCCGCCUGAAGGAGGUGAAGGCCUUUGUCACCGAGGACAUCCCUCUGUACCACAACCUGGUGAUGAAGCAUCUCCCCGGAGCCGACCCUGAGCUUGUGCUGGUCAGCUUCCGAUACGAGGAGCUGGAGAGAAUUCCCCUGAGUGACAUGAGCCGGGAGGAGAUUAACCAGCUGGUGCAGGAGCUGGGAUUUUACCACAAGGAGGCACCUGAUGCCCCGGUGCCUGAGGAGUUCCAGCUCGCCCCAGCCAGGCCUCUGCCCACCCUGCAAGCGAAGGAGCAGAGCCCUGGAGCACCCUCCCCCCCAGCUCCCGCAGCCAAGAGCGAGCCCCCCAGGAAGCCUGGCAACCAGGAACACCCAGAUCUAUAG